UAUAUCUCCCAUUCAUAGAUACCUAACCAUUACAACAACAGAGAGCCAAAAUACACAAACAAAAAAGCAAACUAAAUAUUAUUAUUACAUUACCAUACCAAGUAGGCAACAUGGAUGGAAAUCAGAAUAUUUUAACAUAGUUACAAAUUGUACCCUCACACAAACAAUCACAACUUAUUAUGUUCAUUUUUUUGAAGAAUCUUCUAAUAAAAACCCCACCCCAUUUUCCCACUUAACACUUUUCUUCUUUCUUUCUUCUUCUUCUUCUUCUGAAGUUUCAAAGAAGACCAUGAUUUCUUUAGUUGAUGUUUAUCAUGUUGUUACAGCAACUGUACCUUUAUAUGUUGCUAUGAUUUUAGCUUAUGUAUCUGUUAGAUGGUGGAAGCUUUUUACACCAGAACAAUGUUCUGGGAUUAACAAGUUUGUGGCAAAAUUCUCUAUCCCUUUAUUAUCUUUUCAAAUUUUAUCUGAGAAUAAUCCUUACAAGAUGAACCUAAAGCUUAUUCUCUCAGACUUUGUUCAAAAACUACUUGCUUUUCUAGUAUUAACAGUUGUGACUAGAGUUAGGUCCAAAGGUGGGUUGAAUUUUAUUAUUACAGGUCUCUCUGUAUCCAUUCUUCCUAAUACAUUGAUCCUUGGAAUUCCUCUGUUGAAAGCCAUGUAUGGUGAUGAGGCUGCUAAGAUGCUUGCUCAAAUAGUCGCCUUACAAAGCUUGAUUUGGUACAAUUUGUUACUGUUUAUGUAUGAGUUCAAUGCUGCUAAGUCAGCUGCUUCUGUCUCCCCAUCAUUAGAAGCCACAGAAGAAGAGUUAGAAAACCCGCAAGAGUUACAACAACCGAAGGAAGAAGUUGAGGACGGAAUAAGCAGAACAAGUACUGUGCCAUUGAAAAUCAAAACCGGAGUUAUUCUCUUAACUGUUGGAAAGAAACUCAUGGAAAAUCCUAACACUCAUGCUACUGCUAUUGGUCUUGUUUGGGCAUGUAUUAAAUACAAAUGGAAAGUUGACUUGCCAGAAAUAGCUGGGCAAUCAAUUAAAAUAUUGGCUGAUGGAGGACUUGGUAUGGCAAUGUUCAGCUUAGGUCUAUUCAUGGCUUCAAGACCUAGCAUAAUAGCAUGUGGGACCAGAAUGGCUAUUAUAUCCAUGGGAUUUAAAUUCAUUGGAGGACCUUUCUUAAUGGCUGCUGCUUCUCUUGCCAUUGGAUUAAGGCAUACUCAACUCAGAGUAGCCAUUGUUCAGGCUGCUCUUCCUCAAGGAAUUGUUCCUUUUGUAUUUGCCAAGGAGUAUAAUGUACAUCCUGAUAUUUUAAGUACUGGGGUAAUUUUUGGCAUGCUUGUUGCCUUGCCUAUAGCAUUGAUGUACUUCUUCUUGUUAGCACUCUAAAAUAGUGACAAGUGUAACAAAAGUAGAGCUAGAAAAUCUCUGCAAAAAAAUUGUUGCAGAUGAUUGGAAGUGAGUGGGAAGAGUGUCCUCAUUCAAUUUAUUCAAUUGUUUUGAGAAUGUAAUAUGACUUGAUUUGCUCAUGAGAAGAUACAGCCCAAAAUUGUAUUAUAAUCAACUGAUGAGAAGAUAGUUAAUAUACAUUAAUGAAUAGUGAGAUAACUGUUAGUUACAAGCAAUCCAAAAUAUAUGAUUAGAUUAUUUUUUGGUUUAUUAUAAAAAGUAAGAAAGUGGUCAAAGUGUUCAUU